CUGCAGUUCAGCUUGAUAACCAAGUAGUCCUGGGACAGUUGUAGUGUAACUAGCUUUCCAGGGAGUUGGGAUGGUUUUAAAUCUUUCACGAUGUCUGAAAUGCUACUGAAAGAUAUGGAUGAGAUUAGUCUCGGGCCUGCUAAGAUGGACGAGCAGAAGGAAAAUGGCCGGAGUUUUCUCCUGGUGGACGAAAACGAAAGCUUGCAGGUAAAGAACGAAGGCUAUUUUCUGCAGAGGUUGGGCUGCAGUGCUGCUCAGGCAGUCAAAGUGCUUUCCAUCUUCGGCAACACGGGCGACGGCAAGUCCCACACUCUCAACCACGUGCUUUUCGAUGGCGAGGAGGUAUUUGCCACAUCUCCGUCUCCAUCCUCAUGCACGGUGGGCGUAUGGGCCGCUUACGAUCCUCACCUGAACUUGAUCGUACUGGAUACAGAGGGCCUGCUUGGUGCCGCCAGUCAGCAGAACCGCCGGAUGCGUCUGCUGCUGAAGGUUCUGGCCGUAUCAGACGUGGUCGUUUACCGCACAAGGGCUGAGAGGCUGCACAACGACAUGUUUCAGUUCCUCGGCAGCGCGUCGGCCGCUUACCUGAAGCACUUUACACCUGAGCUCCGCUCUCUGUCUAACCGCUGCGGGCUGGACGUGCCUCUCUCCAGCCUGGGACCUGCUGUUAUAGUUUUCCAGGAGACUUCUCGCACUCAGCUGCUAGGCCAAGAUGCCUCUGCCCUGGGGCAAGCAGACACACUGCUGCAAAAGCGCUUCCAUGACUUAGGCCAGAGCACAGACGCCUUCAGCUCCGUUCAGUAUGUGGGCACCCAAACCAUCACUCCCCCCACAGACUACUCGCAGUUACUGCAGAUAGUCAAUCAGCAAGUGAACAACACAUCCCAGCGAGCCCCGCGCCAGCCUGCCAUUGUGUUCAGUGCAUUGAAGGCCUUGAGCGACAGGUUCUGUGGCGAGAUCUCAGAUGACAAAAUCAGCAUAUGCUCAUUCUUUCCUGAUGAAUAUUUCACUUGCCCAUCAGUCUGUCUCAGCUGCAAUGUUCGGUGUAAAAAUGGCAUGAACCACCAGAAGGACGCUGUCCCGCACAUGGCUGAUGGAUUGUGUCAGUAUGCCCACCAAUACAACAAUAAAGUUCUCAUCUGUAAGAAGUGCUAUGAGGGCGGAAGGGAAGUGAUUGUUGUACCCAAAACAUCUGCCUCUACAGAUAACCAAUGGCUUGGUCUGGCCAAGUAUGCAUGGUCAGGCUAUGUUUUAGAGUGUGCCAGCUGUGGCAUCAUCUACCGGAGUAGACAGUACUGGAUGGGCAACCAGGAUCCAGAGAGCAGUGUGGUGCGGCCAGAGGUCAAGCAUGUCUGGCAGGAUAACGGUGGCUUCCAGACAGACCAUCAGAAUGCAGCUCAGCGGGUUUUGGAUGGAGUGAAUUACAUAAUCCAGUCAGUGUCAGAAUAUAGCUCAGGCCCAACCAAAGCUGUCGCUGCCUGGCUCACAGACCAGGUGGCUCCGCCCUACUGGAAACCCAACGCUGAAAUCAUUAAAUGUCACGGUUGUAAGCGAGCGUUUGAGGAGGCGGAGAGGAAGCACCACUGUCGGGCAUGUGGCGAGGGGUUCUGUCAGGCCUGCUCCACCCACAGCAUGCCAGUUCCUGAGAGGGGUUGGGGCGGCACCCCUGUACGAGUGUGUGAUGAAUGUUACCGGCAGGGAGGACCCCAGCAAACCGGACAGGUGGCCAAUACGGAAACCCGGACACUAGUUGCCCGCAGAGUGACGGAAGUAGCUCAGUCCACUCUCGAUAUGGUCUCCACCGCAGUUGACUAUCCUCUCUGUUUCGUAAAGGGGGUUGCAAGACCAGACUAUUGGAUCCCGGACCAUGAGAUCACUCAGUGCCACUGCUGUGCUAAACGCUUCAUCCCCAGCAUGUCCAAGCACCACUGCAGGGCAUGUGGGGAGGGAGUGUGUGGGAACUGCUCCAGUAAGACCAGGCCAGUGCCCUCUCGUGGCUGGGACCACCCAGUGCGAGUGUGUAAUGACUGCGCUGACCGCAGUGAUUCCCUGUGACGCUCUAAUACAGCUGGGAUCUCUUGGUGCUCAGAGCCAGGUUGCAGGCAGUUUUCAAGCCUUAGACGGUGUAAUCUUGGAUGGGGGAAAUAUGAAACUCACUGCAGUUGCAUAGACAAACACUCAGGCUCUUCAAAGCAUUAGCUGCAGAAUUAGAGAGUGGGUUCUAUUUAAUCCCAAGAUCAAAAGAGAAAGCUAAGAAAUUAAGUUGCAUAAUGAAAAUAAUUUGUAGAAAUAUCAAAGUUCAUUAUAUGACAAUUAAGCAUAUUUUAUCCACAAAUUCUCAUUACUGCAAAAAAAAAAAAUCCAGUUCUUUAUACUGAAAUACAGUAGUGAAAAUGACCCUGAAAUAAAUAUAUAUAUAUAUAUAUAUAUAUAUAUAUAUAUAUAUAUAUAUAUAUAUACACACACAUAGUAUACAUAUACAUACAUAGUAUAUAUUUAGUAUACAUAUACAUUCUCAGUAAUUUUUUAUAUAUAUAUAUAUAUAUAAUAUAUUAUAAUGAGAAUUAGGGGAAGAAAUGUGCUUGAUGGUCAUAAAAAAAAUAAAUAUAUAUCUUACCAUGCAAAAAAAAAAAAAAAAUUGGUAUGUAAAGUAUGUAUUUUUUAUUUUGACUAUGGGGUUGAAUAAACCCAGAACUUUACUUUUUUUUUUUUGUUAGAUUUGCUGCAGAAAUUAAAAAGAAGAGAAAAUACAAAUUUUAAUGGAUUUUGAUAGAUUCUAGCUAUUGACUAUAGUGCUGGCACUGAAAACGAAUCGCCUUCUAAAAGUGCAUUUCUGUAAAUAAUUUAAACAUCUCUACAUUUUUAUCCCAAAGAUAAGAUAACAGACUAAAAGACAGAGAGCAGUAAAUAUUAACAUAUCUAAUGUUUAGUAAAUUAUCAUUUGAUAUACAGUACGUAGGAGAUGUUUCACACUAAUAAAGAAGCAUUUGAAUACGAGAUAUCAGCCUUACCUUUUUUUUUUUUGGUAGUUUUAUACUUUAUUCCAGGAACAGAGCAACAGAAGUAGAGCCUAGAAUUCACAUUCCAGUUAAGACAAUGCAGUUUAUCAUGUGCUGAAUCCUGUGAGCUCACAUCUCAUUAUUUUUUUUUUUGUUAUAGUUCUUUAAUACUCAAUUUUUUUUUGACGACUGCACUUUAUCUAAUCUUUACUAUCAACUUUCAUUAGUUGAGAGCCAUAUUAUCUAAUACAUAAGAUGCAAACUGUACAUAUAUAUUGAAAAUGGAAUUAUUCAGCAGCAUUUGCGGUGCCUAAUGGAUCUCAACAACUAUCUUGCAUAUAGACAGUAGUGACAUAUAACAGGAUGAUUUCACAAUGUGGCUGUGUAUGACAUUUAACCCUUAAAUGCAUGAAUGUUUCGCCAAUCAUUAUUACAUAUUCGGGUCUUUAGCGACCCUGAUGUAUUUCUGACACGGAUGGAUCUGUUGCAAUAAUAUAAAACUUUCCUGAUAUUAGAGUAACAGUUACAGAAGAAUAAAAUAAAGCAUUUUUUGUUUUUUGGAGCUUGGAAGGGUUCAGUUUGAGCAGAUGUUAGAGCUCAUUUCCCAGUUCAUUCAGCAUCUGGCUCAUAUUCGCGAUCUCAAACAUAUUCUCAAAACAUUUUCAACAUCUUCAAAAUCAAUAUUUAUCACUGACAGCAUCUUCACCAGAUACACUAUCAAGUGACAGUGACACUAAUAUUUGAUUUUUGAACAGUAAAUCGCUGAGCCGUUUCAAGUUUUGCUGAUGAUACUUCCUAUUCUUUUGUUUUCUGCCUGCAGCAACUAUGAGUGAAAUGUCACUUCAUCAUUGUGUAUCAGACAUUGCCACCUUGUGGAAUAAAGGUGAAUUGCACUUAUUCAGUCAUCAAAGAUUAAUUUAUUGUUGUGCAGGAAAAAAAUAUACUCACACUAUUACACACCUCAGGUCGUUAGUGACCAUAUACAAUUUUUACAAAAAAAUUAAUGGGAAAACAGGCAUUCUUUUAUAAUUUUAUUCUUUUUUUUUCUUGUUAUAUUGUUUAUAAUGAAUUGAUUGAGGAAUAGUAAGAAGGUUGAUGUCUAAUGACGUCCCAGGUCACUAAAGACCCGAGGUAUGCGUUUAAGGGUUAAUGCAGAUACACGCUAAACUGAACAUUGAUGACUGAAUGUUGAGCAUCACAGCAGGAUUACUCUUGGUUUCCUAACAUGUACAGUAAAAUGGCUUAUAUAACGCACUUUAUUCAUAUUUGAUCUGAGAGAAUCCAUGUGGAAUUUUUUAACUUUGAUGUUUUUUGUUUGUUUGUUUUACAGUUCUGCUUCUACUCUUUGUACUUUUAUCCGGAAUAGAGCAUUGUGGUCUUCUAUAAAGGAGUUUAACCAAAGCAAUGGUUUUAUUUGCAUAUAACUCCACCUGCAUUUGACAAUCCUGCAAUCUUUGUUUUGAUUGGCUGGUACUGUUUUUCAGGUUUACUCAGAACAUUAAAGCUAUUUGAAAACA